AUGGGUUGUCGCUACUCGAUCCCUGAAGGUCCUGACCUGAGAAUUGUGAUGAUUGGAAAAACUGGAGUGGGGAAAAGUGCUGUUGGAAACACCAUUUUGGGCAAAAACAUAUUCAAAUCUCAUCCCAGCGCUAACUCUGUGACUUUGACUUGUGAAAAGAAUAAACUUCAAGAGAGUAAUAGGAGGAUACAUGUGGUGGAUACACCAGGGAUUUUAGAUACAGACAAAGAAGCUACAGAUGUAAAAAACGAGAUAGUGAAGUGUAUUCAGGUUUCAUCCCCUGGUCCUCACGUCUUCCUGCUGGUGAUCCAGGUUGGCAGAUUCACUAAAGAGGAGCAGAAUUCGAUCGAGGCCCUGGAGGAAAUCUUUGGACCACAGGCCUCCAAUCACAUGAUUGUACUGUUUACUCGUGAGGAUGAACUUGAGGGUCAAACAAUACAAGAAUAUGUACGCACCGGUCAUCCAAAGCUUCAAGAAGUGAUUCAACGCUGUGGCAACAGAUUCCAUGUUUUCAACAACAGAGAUGGGAAUAGAAGUCAAGUUGUUGAGCUGAUCAAGAAGAUUGAUGACGUGGUGGCAGGAAAUGGAGGAGGGCACUAUACUGACGAAAUGUUUCAGGAGGCAGAGAGAAUGAUUGAACAGCAAAAGAUUACAAGGGAAUUGGCAGAGCUCCAAACAUACAAAUUCACAUUCCUUGCUGAAUUGCAGCAGAGAGUCAUUCGGUUUCAAAAAAUACUUGUUUUAGAAGAUGACUACUAA